GGACGAAACUGAAUUCCGAAUGCUUUCUCCGGAAGAAUUUAUCAGCAAAACAAACGCCAACCGCGUCACUGGCUACCUUCCUGUUGUCGACAGUUCUUUUCGGAUGAGCAAACCUUUGGUCCAAUUCAGCAGUCCGAUGGACCUGCUGCCAGGUGUGGUUAAGCGGUACAAGGAAAACUUCUCGAAGCUGCCGCCUGAUCAGCAAACGGACUGUGUUUUUUUACCCUUCGAGGCGGGUUCCAAGAGUAGGCGACAAACGCCGCCCGCGACGACAGGGAAGACAAAGCAGUUGCCGGGUGAGCUGUCGGGCGCGAAUCUUCCCUCGCCCUCCGUGAGGGGAGGUCGUGAUUUGGCUCAAGGUUCAAGCGAGGCAACGGAGUUUGAUGACAGGCUUCUGCACCAGUGCAAUGUGGGCCGUGAGAAUUCCCAGGGCAGUGCAAUAGCCCUGGACGAGGACAACGACGAGGACGAGGAAGGAGGAAUUGCCGGCCCGCAUGACGACAGCGGUAAUGAAGCAGAUGUGGAAGUUGGGGAUGACAACAUGGAGGACCGGGGCGAGCUUGCUGACGAGGACGCCGACACGCCAAUGCAUGGUCAUGACAUCUCCCCCGCCGGCGCUGUGGGAGCCGCUAUUGGUCAGCCCUCGACGUCCCGUGGAAUUUCGCUAUCGCAAAGCAGGAGUAAGGGUGGGCACGACUCACAUGCAAUGCAAGGACCGAAGGCGAGGAAAAGGACAAGGGAGACUUCUCCRUCUGCUUCUACUCACAAGAGGCAAGCCAGGACUGACGCUGUUAAUGAGGCUCGUGGAGCUUUGACAGCGUCCCAGGAGGCGCGGCCUCCUCGGAAGAACAGCCAAGGGGGGCGAUCUGGGGGUCAAGGCGGUGGCCGUGGGGGCGGUGGCCGUGGAGGGGCGCGGAAAGGCUCCCAGAGGGUGAGACCACAAGAGCUGCRGGACUCGGGGGAUGAGGGCGAGGGAGUGGAUCCUCGCAUGCCCGAAGAUGCUGAUGAGCCGGUUCAGCGCGUCGCGCCCAUCGACACUACGCGUUGUUUCUUCCUCGAAUACGACGACCAAGGCUUUGCUACGCAAGACGUCCAUGCUUUUCACGUGGACGUCAUGAGAAUCAAACGCAUUCCCCGCGGAAGGAUUCUUUUCAACCACCGCUCGUUAUCUGAAAACAUUGUGCGAGGCAUCGAGAAUGCCAUCGAAAGCUCCAUCAGCACGGACCCGGGGGCGUGGGAUAGGCCCGAGCUCGUGCUUGCGCCACUUGACCGCAAUGACAUUGUCGGCGGCCAGGGAAGACGGAUCACGCCGACUGAAUUCUUGGAAAGGGACCCGGCAGAGUUCGACUGGUACGCUGUCUGUGGUCAGCAUACCGUUGAGGUCAUGAAGAGAUUGGUCAGAAAGGGCUCCCCAGCAGUUGAAGUUUAUGGCCUCAACGCGUACUCUAAGGUGCGGGUCGUCUAUUUCGGAGAUGAUCAAACACGAGGGUAUUUCAAUGUCUCCUGCUUCGACAACACACGCGAAAAUCGCUCCAUGAUGUUGUCAUUCAAGGACGCUGUCCGUGACAUCAGACAAUGGUGGUUAGACAACAAUAGAAUCGAGGCCCCGAAAGCCAAGGUCAGCGAGAAGGAUGAGGUGGCCGUUGCACAUCAAAAGACGUGGCAGAACUUCUUGAGGGCCUGCAUGGGGAAGGCAGGCGACAAGGCGUUUGUAAAGCAAGCUCUCGAGAAUGAGUAUAGUAAGGAUUGGAGUAAUAAACUCCGGGGCUACAUGAACCUCGCCACAUCCAGUGUCGUAGUGUGGCCGCUGGUCGAGAGGUUCUUCGAGAUGUUCAACGAAGAAAAGCUGCCAGUUGGCGAUGGCAAAAUCCCGCUUGACAUGCCCGGGAGGAUGGAAGGCCGCCUGCCAGGCCCGUACACCGACGAGACCAAGGGACAAAGAACAUUGUACCAUUGCAUAUAUGCAAUAGAUGGUCCCAAAGGCUCUACCGUGUCGUGGAAGGAUCUUUGUCCUUCCUACUUCAAAAAUUUUGGGGAUUUGACAUGUCGUGAGAGGGAAGUUGUGUUGCUCCUGCUCAUGAAGGGGAAGGUGGUCGCAACGAACGUCAAGGUCUUGCCUCCAAGAGUAAACACAAAGUGCCUCCUCGACAUCAUGCGAAAGGAGCGGUACAUGGUGCGUAUGUUCAAUUACGUUCUGUUCCGCGCCGAGGGAAGGGCGGACGACGAAUGGAACGACACGUUCUUCAUGUCGUACAAGGACCUUGAAGACAAGUAUGGGCCAAACGGUCUGUGCGCUGCUGAAUGGGAGAAGGAAUGGAACAAGUUACAUGUCAAUAAGGUGAAGAUGGUCCCUCGACGACUUGGAGGAGUGGAGGAGACAAGGCAAGGCGCGGGCUUGGGGCCUACGGUGGCAAUGUAUAAGGAGGCUCCGUUUCACCUUAAGGUCUUCAUAUACACUGCAAUCGAUAAGCUCGAUUUGCUUCGCGCCGAGGUGAAACGGAUCGCCUCCAGCGCGCGUAAUAAUGUCCUUGUCUGCGAUGAGUCGGCCAAGGACAUUGCAUAUCUGACAAAGUUCGUCGAUAUACUUGUGAAGGAUGAGAGAUUCGCCUGUCAUGUCGAGAAGCCACGUUGCAAACAUCGUAGCAACAGGGACAUGUUCCACAAGUUGGGACGCAAGAGACUGAAGGUGUGGGAAUACCUGUUCCGCGAUGCGCCGCAAGGACGGCUUGACGGGAAUUACAUCUAUAGGAAAACAAAGGUGACAGAGACCCUGAAACAUUAUCAUGGUGCUCUUACUAGCGCCUUUGAGACUUUUGUCGCUCGAUGCGAGAUCCUGAAGUUCGAUCUUCAUAAAGACCAGCUAAUGUCCAAGGACUACGCUGACCUCGCGAAAUCGGGUGACGGCUUUAACCCCGUCGACAGCGAGGAAGACUCUUCGAGGUCCGACCUCGAAUUGAGCGAUGGCAAGGGUGGUGAAGGUCCGGGCGGUGGCAUGGUGCGGUCACACGAUGAAGGGACCGUUCGCUCGCAUGAAAGACCCGUACAGGUGACCGCCCCCAGUGUUGGCUCGAUGGUGGCCCCCAUGGAGGGCACCGGUUUGCCAAACAUGGGAAUAUGUGGUCCCAAUGAUGAAGAUGACAUUGAUAUGCCAGGCGAGGCGUCGAAGCUCGCACCAGGCGAUCCAAUUCCUCCCGGCUAUUGUGCUGAUCCGACCACAAUUUAUUUCUUGGGGGGCAAACACGCCCGCACUGGUGAGGACCAGUGGGGCCAUUACAUCGUGUGGCAUGAGGGCAUUUUUGAGCCCUGCAUCCAAGAUGGGGAGUGGAAGAUGGCGGUCAAAUACACACGCGGAUCGCAGACGUUUCGCCGGAUGUUAAAGGACACUUGGCUGAAAACGACGGAACUCGCGAUUAUGUACCGCGUGCAAAAGGAGAAUCCGGGGAAGAGCGAGGGCGCUUUGGAGUACAAUUGGAAAUUUUACGCCCUGCGAACGAGUCUCUCAUGUGGGUCAAUCGACUGGAAGGUCAAUCAAACUAUCGGAACCAUGGAGGAGAGCAGCUCUCAGGAUGYCGUGCCUUUGUCGGCAUCGCCCCCCGUACCCACGCAGGCAGGGCAGAGGGAGGAUGACGGGAGUAAUGUGGUGAAGACUCAAGAGGUUCACAUGACGUCUAUGCCACAAAUCUUCGUCGACACGACAAAAACGUCCAAACGCAUGGAUGUGUCGAAUGCAUUGUCGUCAGAUGCAGGUGCCACGUACGAGAGUUUAUUACUGAUAUCCGCCGCAUUAGAAGGUACAUCCGAAAUGCAGUCAGAGUCAGAUGUUGGUCUGAGCGUGCCAGACAGUCAGUUGCAACUGGAGUUAUGCACAGGCAAAGGUGAUGCACAAGGACAUGUGACACCACAGGGAGGGGCCGCUGCGGAUGGUGGGAAGGGAGAGGAUGUGGAGGGAAUCCUCCAUCCUCGCAAUCUUGAGACCUUAACCGAUGAUUUCGAUUAUGGGGGUGAGGGCGGAAAUUACGUGGUCAAUACGAGGGGAGUGUGAAAUGAUCGGUGAGGCGGGACGGGGGCAAUGGAGAGGGAGAAACCAACGAUAUGAUUACAAUGUUAUUCUUUUCUUUGUUAAUUGAAAUCGCACAAUUAACUCGUUUGUUUUUAGUUUCAAAUGGAACUAGUAUUAGUCUUUGUAGGCACUAUGACCACCUGAUUUUCUUUUAUGUAUAUAUAUUUUUUUCGUCAAUAGUACGUUCGACCUAAUAUGUUUAGGAUACUUGCCAUUUUCAAAG